AUGGAAGAAAUCGAGCGCAAUACUCUCAUAAUAGGAAGCCCAGGGUGCCUGGACGGGUCGCGGACUGGCCAGGACCGGCUCUCUCUUGCGGUUUACUGGCAGCAGCGGGCGGCCAGGGCACCCCUCGGGCACCCGCUGCUGCAGGGAGCGCGCCUGCCACCCGACCGGUUCGAAGUGAAAGACUCGAAGGGCCGUGGAAAGCCCUCCCUGCGGACUGGUGGGUUCCCCCAGCCCCCUGAGCCUGGGAACAGCCGACCUGCUGCAUUUCGGGGGCCACGGGGCUCCCCAAGCUGCGAGCUCUUCUCACAGAAGAGUCCGUCUCUAUGGAGACUCGGCUGCGGGGGCUCCACUGAGUUCUCGGUGGCUGAGCGGGUCUCUCCCUCCCCUCGCGCCCCUGCUGCCUACUUCCGGUCCCUCGCCCCCUGCCCUCCCGCCGUCGCCAUAGCGACCACCUGCCGUGGAGGGAUGGGCGAAUUCGGCGUUCCGGAAGCAGACAAAAGGCAGGAUUCUGCUGGGCGCGCUAGCCCGUCCCCGUGGCCAUGGUUACCACCACGCUUAGCCGCCGCAGAGCUUUGUCUGCCCAGCCUCUGCAGGUUUCCGUCCCAAGGCUUUACCUCGCCCCGGGAAGGAGAGUUCUCGGACUUGCUGUCGAGUCCGAAUGGGCUGAAUUCCUGCAGUUCUCCCCAAUGUUUCAGGAACUUUUCGUGGACUCUUCACAUGACAAAUGAGCAGACUCCCUCCAUCGUUGCUCUCAAACCCCUGAGAACCUGCCAAGAUGCCGUGUUGGCAGUCGCGGAGUCAGAAUUAGCCGUUUAUUUCUGUAGCCCCCAGGCCGGCCAGAGCUGAAGCCCGCAGGAAAAGGUUCGGCUUUCAAAGGGGGGCGUCCUAAGCUCUAACUGCAACCUCGGGGGCUCUUCUGGCUGCGUUUGAAGCAGGGCACAGAAUGGAGCUCACAGAACAGACGGACACGGACAUCGUGCACAGAGACGCGGACUCAGACAAGUGACGGGGAACACGACUGUCCCAUCUUUGCCCAAAGCCGUCAGAUUUCUUUGCCCAAAGCCAUCCUGUGGUCCUUCCUCCUCCGGCGUCCCAGGGAGGGUGAAAAGGUGGCAAAGGUUCCCAGUUUGGGCGUCCACAGUCCAGGAAAACUUGCUGAGUGUGGAGCUCCCCAUGACCCAGACGAGCCUUCUCCCAGUGCUUUGGGGGUCCCAGCUAUACGACUGAGGGGGAACAAAACGGGGGGGCUCACCUUGACAAGGAGGAAAUCAAGCCAGGGGAGGCUGGACUCCCUAUAUCGGGUCACCAGUUGUUGCGGUCGGGAAGGGACCCCAAAAGGUGAGGGGUCAGAGACCCGUGUCAGGAGGUGUCUCAAGGCUUGAAGCCAUCUCCAAGUCAAGGGGCAAAGUUUAUUGCAAUUGUAAUGCCAAUUGCUGCGGGCUGAGUUCCAAACCGGUGUAGCAAAGAACCAGGAGCAAGGAGACAGAUUUAUAAGACACUUUGCAUAGAGUGUACAGGUAGGUUUGUGGGGUGGUCUGUUCAUUAUUGUCUCAGGAACCUAGUUAUCCCUGCCCAGCAGAUGGUCCAUCUGACAGUCAGCAGUGUGUGUAGGACUAUCCUAAGACCAGAAGACUUUAGGACAGAUUGUUGGACCAAGAGCACUCUAAGGUCAGGAGACCUCAGGAUUGCUGCUCUUUCCCCUAGAGGCUAUCCCCUAUCAAAGGGACUGUCUUUCUCUUCCUCUUUUUCAUAUUCAUAUUCUCAAAACUUAGCAUGGAACCCAGCACUUAGUAGGCACUUGACACGUGGUGCCUGGUGAGUAUCACUUCAAAUCUUCGGAUAUCACUGUGAGAAAAAAGAAAAGAAACAAAACCAUUUAGGCCCAGUGACCUUUAGGCACAUCAGGCCUUAAUGUGCUAAUCAAAGAUAAUAGUGGGUAAAAAUGUAAACUCUGUAACAGACAAAUCUCUGUAGCAAAAACACAGGUUAGAAGAUAUGAAUUCAGGUCAUGUUAUAUUUUUAAGGAACUUUUUAAACCUGCAGAUGAGCUGUUUAAAUACUGGUAAUUAUAUAUACCUCACGUGUCACAGUAGGAUAGGAGAAGUAGCAGCCAUAGAACAAGAUGGAGCUAAAUGCAGAAAAACCACUUUAUUGUUGAUUACAUCUAUAAUUUCUCCCACACCCAAUGUAGCAUGUAAGUUAUUUAGGGCACAUCCUCUUUAUUGAUCUUUCUGGUCAGUAACAAAAUCUUGUUUUGGUCAAAAGCCAUCUCUCUAGAAGAUCCCUACUGGACCGAGAAUCCUUUCUCAAAAAUACCUCAUGGAGAUCAUUUGCUUGAGUGAAAGGGAGUCCAUUCCAUUUGGGCCCAACUCAAAAGGAUUAAAAAGCUUUUUGUUUUUAUCAGGCCUAAAACAAUCCCUCUGAAGUUUCACCUGUUUUAUCUAGUUAUGCUGUUUGAGGUGAACCAGACUGAAUUUUCAUCUUUCUUCCACAAUGACAGCCCUUCACAUACUUGAAGACAGCCAAAAUUUGGUCCUUUUCAAGUCCUCUUUCAAGUCUAAAUAUUCCCGGUUCUUCUCACCAUUUUCAUUGCUGCCUUUGGAACAAGCCCCAGCUUGUCUUUCUCUUCUAUAAGAUAUAAUGCACUAAACUGAACUCUCCAUAUGUGCCCUGACCAAGGCAGAGUAUAUGUCUCUCAUUUGGAAAAUAUGUCUUUCUUAAUUAACCUUGUAUAGCAUUAGCUUUUGAGGCUUCCAUUUUGUUUGCAGAUAACUAAAACCUCUAGUUCUUUUUUUUAUAGGAACCAUUUGUCUAUUCAUACCAUUUGUGUCCAUUAAAAAAUUCCAUUUUGAAAAUUAAACUUUAUUUAUCUGUUU